GCUCCAACACGGCGCCAAAGUGAAGAAGCCUCCCUGAACAGCACAGUGCCGAGGAAUCUUUCUCCAAAGAAGGGACAGUGAACGGUUGCUCCUCUAGAAGGAAGACUCUUCCUUCGUUCUGGAGUGAAGCAGAGCCGCAGUUCUUUUGUGAUUGUGAGCAGUGGAAAAGUGUGUGCAAAAAAUUAUACCUUUGUGGAAAUUUGCCGUUUUCCUCCGGAGUUUCUUUCUACUGCAUUGUAUGACUUUUACGCUCACCACUAGAAAAUCUUAAAAAGAGGAAGGAAAAAUGAAUGGCGCCAAACAAUCUCUUCUGAUAUUUGUUCUGAUUCUUGCGAUUCGGAUGCUUAUGGCAGCUCCUGCUCUGGAUACGGAGAGUUCGAUAAAUGAUCUGUACGAGAGCUUACUACAGCGAGAAUACACUGGUCCCAUUUCACUUUCCGAUCACCAAGUGGAGCGCAAAGCUGUGAGAUCGCCCUCCCUGAGACUACGCUUUGGCCGACGCAGCGAUCCCAGCUUCAAUCCCUUUCAGCAGAUGGAGAAAAUCAACCAAAAACCUAUCCGAUCACCAUCCCUGAGACUUCGGUUUGGACGACGAAACGACCCAUUGUUUCCCACCUUCAAUCAGGACUUACUAAAUGAUGAGCUCUCCUUCAAACGGCCAGAACGAAAGCCAGCCAGCCGCCUUCGCUGGGGACGAAGUGCUGCCACGACCAGUGAAAAUUCAAACGAGGAAUUGGGAAAUCCUGGGGAUGUUCAAAUGACACGCGAGGAGAGGAAGCCAGCUAGACUGCGCUGGGGACGCAGCGAUGGCGGGAACUUAAGGAACAGCAUUUUGACUGAUGAAGAAAUCAAUCUCUUGGCUCAACUUCUUCUUCAGGAUCAGGAAUCCCUGAAUAAUUUCCUUGGAAAACCCACGGAAAACCACAUGACUCUCAAUUAAGUCUCCUUCAUUUAUCAAAUGUAAACACCAACAAGGAAUCUUUAGACUUUCUUCAUCCUUCACAUAGUGUAAAAAACAACCCCCUUAAGUGCGCGAGAGAGAGAGAGAAAUUGAUGGAAAUCACCAAGAAAAUACAAUUCUUAGGAAAAAUGAAAAAAAAAUCGUGCGACAGUGAAAUCUUUUCCAGAAUAAAAUGUUUAAAAGAAAAAAAUCACUUUACGUCAUAACGUAUAACUGAAGCCAGAAGAUGUUUUUGCGGAAAAAUUUAUCUACCAUCCGGAAAAGAAACCUCAAAUGAGCACAAAAAAUAUCUGUUGGGCUACAGAGUUUAUAUUGAAGAAGUUAUCUUGAGGAAAGAGAGGUAAACCUAAAGGAAAAAGUCAUUAAAAAAUAUAUGUAACUAACUAUUGAGAGAAAA